CUGCGGUGCAGGCUAUAUUCGACAUUGUGGACCAGACCCCAUCAGGCCACUAUGUUGACGCGGUGCUCUGGUUACUCGUGUACUGCUCAGCGCUUUCCUGUUCCUGAAAGUCUCUUCGAGGAAGCUACCAUGCAGCCUUAUAUCCACAACUGUUUUGUGACUGUGCAUGAAGGGAGACACAUCUAUCAAUUCUGCAUAUUCUUCAAACGGCAUCUUCGUCUUAGAGACAACCUGCUUCUUAGUAGUGGCGAUCGUAAGUUCUGA